GAACGUGAUAACAUGAUGUUGACCAUGAGAGUCUUUUUCUGUCUGUUGUGUGGAGCUUUAGCAGCAGCUCAGGAGCUAAACUGGAACAUUCAGUCUGCAGCCGGCACAGUCGGAGACCAGGGACCAGAUCAACCUGUUGUCCAAGAACCAGCAGCUGUCCAGCAGGAGAAGCAGUCUUUCCAUGAACCAUUAUCUUGGAAGUUUCCGGAGCCGCCGGCUGAGGAGGAGCCUCGGUUCCCGCCAGAUUUUGAGCUGAAGGCUCCGGUGGCAGCCAACAGCGUCAGCGCCGUCUGUGGGGAGAACUCUGUCCGGGUAGAGGCCAAGAAGGACCUGCUGGGGAUUGGUAAGCCAGUCCUGCCUGCAGACGUCACGCUGGGAGGGUGUCCUGCCACAGGGGAGGAUCCUGAAGCUCAGGUCCUGGUCUUUGAGUCGGAGCUGCACGGAUGUGGCAGCCAGCUGCUGAUGUCCGAGGACUCGUUCGUCUACGUCUUCACACUGAUCUACACCCCCAGUCCUCUGGGAGACAGUCCCAUCAUCCGAACCAGAGACGUCUCUGUCACCAUCCAGUGUCACUACCAGAGGAAGCACGAUGUGAGCAGUGGGCUGUUGAAACCGACCUGGACUCCGUUCAGUGGCACCAAAGCUUCGGAGGAAAGUCUCUACUUUUCACUCAGACUCAUGACUGAUGAUUGGCAGUUCCCUCGUCCAUCAGCCCAGUUCCUGCUCGGAGACGUGAUGAAGUUUGAAGUGUCUGUCAAACAGUUUUAUCAUGUCCCUCUCAGAGUGACAGUGGACACCUGCGUGGCCACCGUGGUCCCGAACAUUGACACCGUCCCUCGAUACGUCUUCCUGGGAAACCAAGGGUGUCUGUUUGACAGUCAGCUGACUGGGUCCAGUUCCCGGUUCCUGCCUCGGUCUCAGGACGACAGACUGCAGUUUGAGGUGGAGACAUUCAGGUUCCACCAGGACAACAGCAGCGUGAUCUACAUCACCUGCAGUCUGAGAGCCAAGGCAGCUGCUGCAGCUGUUGAUGCCACCAACAAGGCCUGUUCAUUCUCCAACGGGUGGACGGAGGCUAGUGGCAGCCAUCACGCCUGUUCCUGCUGUGAUACAGACUGUGGGACAGGAAGCCAGAGUCACCUAACCGGAGCAGGUGCUCAGUGGGAACAGGAAACAACUGUUGGACCAAUCACAGUGAAGGAGAGGCCUCUACGCUGAAAAACAAAUAACUCGGCUUUAAUGAAAUGGACGGCUGCUCUGCACCUCCACCGUCGUCCAUUUUAGCUGAUAACAACUGAGUGGACAUAGCAAGAGAGGCCGUGUCAUCAUGCAUCAUAGACAGGAUGGUUUUCUAUAUAUAACCAUGACCUACACCCUCCUCCUCCUCCUCUUCCUCCACCGACGAGCCACCUCGUUUCCCCCGCCACGGCCUGAGAGUCGGAGGCAGGCGGUGGCAUCCAUCACUGGCCGGAGGAGAGCUUCCUGUUGGACUCAUCGGUCUCUGAGCUCUGCCUCUCACAGGAGAAGAGGACGACCUCAA